AUGCGUCUGGUGCAUGAGGACUGUGGAUCGGGACAUUUCACGGUCGGUGGCGCCGACAAUGACCUCCGUAAAGCCCUCACAAUCGCUCGGCACGCGCCACCCAGAGUGCUCUCGUGCCCCGACCCCGGCCCAUCAGCGCUCGAGAGCACUCCCGGUGGCCCGUGCCGAGCGAUUGUGAGGGCUUUACGGAGGCCAUCGCUCAAACAAUCGGCCGGUGCUAGGGCCGCCGCAGUCGCCGGCACGGGACUGGCGCGCACUGGCACUAACACAGUCUCGGGCGACUACGCGCUGACUCGGACCCGCUUCGAGGCGCUGCAGGCGGCCUGGGGCGAGUGCACGGUCGACGCCUUCGCUUCGCCGGCCACGGCACUGCUGCCGCGCUACUGGGCGGCGGGAGCGAUCGCGGGCGCGGAGGCGGUCGACGCCUUCUCGCAGGAGUGGCGAGGCGAGCAGGUGUGGGCCCACCCGCCGCCCGGCUUGCUGCUGCAGCUGGUGCAGCUGCUCGAGGAGACGGGCGCCUCGGCGCACGUCUGCGCGCCGCACUGGCCAAGCGCGGCGUGGUACCCACUGCUCCUCGAGCUCAGCUCGGAGCACGUGGUGCUGCCACCGGGCUCUCUCGAGCGCGUGGCAGCGGACGCCCCGCCGCGGCUGGCGUCGUGGCCGGUGGCAAUCUUCCGCGUCAGCGGCGCUACUCGAUGA